CCAGCUCACUGCCCCACACCCUGUUCAGUGCUCAGCGCUCAGUGUCCUGCCUCUACAGAUAACAACACAGCCACAGCCAGAGUCAGCUCAAGAUGGAGGCGCCUCGACCCAAAGUGAAGUCCCAUAUGAUCUGGUCCAUCAUCACCACACUUUGUUGCUGCCUGCCUCUGGGAAUAGGUGCCAUCAUUUGCUCCAGAAGGGUGGACAAGGCAAACUUGGAAGGGGACGUGACCUGGGCGGAGGAGGCGUCCAGGAAAGCCAAGAUCCUGAACAUCACAGGCUUGGUGUGUGGAAUCCUUCUGAUGGCCAUUUUUGUCAUCCUGAAACUCAUGCUAGUCAAGGAUUGAUACCAGCCCCGGCGGAGACACACCCUAAAACACGCUCAGAACAGAAUUCUCGCUAUCCACCCCUCUCACCCCUGUUGCAGCCCCCCCAACAUCAACAGUAACGGUAUAAUCCUCCCAGUGCACUGCCAGUGAGCUUCACUGUAUGUUAAAUCUGUCUGCCUCACAGAUAGAGGAACAGGACAGGGUCUAUGCUACUGAGUAAUGUUUACAUAGAAGUAGAUGUUGCAUGGCUGAGUUUGACUUUAGAAUACAUAACUGUGUGUUACAUUUUAAAUGUUUUAUAAAUGCUUUGUAAAUCUAUGAGAUAUUACAUUUGAGUUUAUUUUAAAUAUGUUUUAUAAAUGCUUUGUAAACCUAUGAGAUAUUACAUUUGAAGCAUAUGAUGGUCAGCAGAAAGAAUGAAUGAGUUUGGAGAAUAAUGGAUGUGCUCAUAGACAUGACUCGGGACAAGAUGGCCUUUCUCUUCAGUGGUGCUUGUUGCUGAAAUAUAACACUGUUUCUAUACCUGCAAUAAUAAUAAUGAUAAUAAAUCCGACGUAAGUAAUCGACAAGACUCUGAGACCACAACCAUUAAACACGUCCAAACAGGUCACUCUUCUUCUAACUCCCAUUCUAACCAAUUACCUGAAGCCCCACUGUUUUUACUUUCCAUAUACAGUAAUGUUGGGCUUUAUCAGGGAGAUCAAAGUUAAAUAGCGUGUGUUUUUUUGUCGGCUAAGAGUUUUGUAUUUCAUUCAUCCUCUCUGACUCUAAUCAUUUAUGCCAAGCAAUCCAUCUUGUCUAAAUCAGGAAUCCAUUUAUCAGUCUCGGAGCUACUGACCAAUUGUGCUCUGGUGUAGGUUCUCUGUAGUGUAAUUCUAAUGUAAUUCUAAUAAUCUGUGGAUCAUACAACUGGAUGUGUCUCUGUAGCUGUAUGUAAAGUGCUGUGGGAAUAUCAUGUUGUUGUUAUGUAUCUUGUUACUUGUGUUCAAUUACCUACUGCAUGGAGAUAAACAAACAUGCAAAGCAAAA